GUGGCGCAGGCUCUUGUCGCGCACGCGGGCGGAAGAGGCGCCAUCGAAUUCCGGAAAAUGCCCCGAACCAAACCUCGCAGCCGCAGAAGCUCUCAGACGGUCGAGACGAAGCCGCAGCCCAACAAUGUGGCCUCGGGUGCGGCCACCGGGACUAGCAGCGGCACCGGUACCCAAAGCAGAAAAGGUUCGGCACAGCAUGACCCGCCCGUGCCAAUCCUGUCCUCCAAGCGAAGGAGCUCCCGCACCCAGCGACGCCCACGCCGCAAGUCCGCUGACGCGGCGGAAAAAGCUGCCGAGCCGAAAGUCGACGCAACGUCGACAGCGCCGCGGGCUCCGACUUCCGAAGGGGGCACUGAACAGCCUGCACCGGCCACCGAAGAUCUGUCUACAGUAAUCACCUCUGGCAUUGGUCAGUAUCUGCAGUCGUUACUGCCCACGAUGGAACCGACAGAGGAGCAGGAAUCGUUGCAGCAACCGCCUUCGCAACAACCCUUAAUAUCGCAGCAUGCCCCGCAGCUGAUGCCAGUGCCGCAGCAAGCUCUCACACAGCAGGCCAUCCAAGGCUCUCCAUUUCAGCCGCAAAACUUGCAGCAAUCGCCAUUUAUGCCGCCUAUGGCGCCGGUUAUGUCGCAACCGUCGUACCCGCAGCCGAGCCUUCAACAAGCAGCCAUUCCGCAAACAUUUCCUUACGCGUAUGGAGGAAUGCUUCCGCCGUGGUACGGACUACCUCAGCAAAUGCAUCUUGGACAAGCACCGUUUCCUUACCUUCCCCCCACUGCUGUACAACCGGCGCCAAUGGCAACUGCUGCUCCACCGAUGCUCCCGAAUGUACCACCUUCGGUCAGCGCGGUCCCCGCGGCUUCACUAGAGCCUGCAGCAGCCGGGCCUCCCGAACCGAAACAGCCAACAAAGGUCGUCGACCGUGCUCCUGCGGAAGCGGCUUCCACAAGUGCAGCGGUCCCCGAUGCUCGAGAGUCAAAGAGCAAAGGCGCGGAACCCGUUCCCGACGCUAGCCUCCAGGACCCCGACGCUUUCUGUGCACUUCCACCCCCGACCUUGGCUGACCAAAGCACCAUAAGCCAGAGUCAGAAAAAGUCGCACCCUUCGCGUCGGCAUCGCAGCAGACGACACGUGGAGCUCGACGACAGUGCUUUCGAUAGUAAUGUCGCCACUUCCCCAAGCAGAACGACAAAGGCGGAUCACAGAGCGUACGUUUCCAAAGUUCCCAGGAAGCAUCGGUCUUACUCCAAGUCCUUUCAGUAUGAAGACGAAUCCGAUGAAAAAGAUGGAAAGGAUACAGCUUUCGCCAGUGAUCAUCGCACUGACAGACAGUACAGUGUCCACAGUCACAGUGGCGAGGAUCAGGUGGACGAACUGGCUGAAGGCACGACCUCACCAGUACAGUCGCUUAAAUCUCCCCCUAAGAGCAAAGGAAGAUCAAAAGCCCGGGCCGCAAAGCAACGAAAAUCAGUUGCGGCAGCAUCGGAGUCGUUACCAGCGUCCAGCGCCCGGGAAGACUCGACCGCAGAGACCGAUUUGUCACGCAAUUCUAGCACUUCGUCAGGCGGCCCACCUGUUACAAACGUUAGUGGCAUAGACAGAGAAAUUCUUAAAAAGCUGAUUGAAGCUAUAGCCGCACGUAGACAAGCGCCGUCUCUGCAAGUCUCUCCGCGUUCCGAGAAGGAACAGGAACACAAAGGCAAAUGCCAACACACGAGAGGACUGCGUAAAGACAGGCAUCAUCACGAAAAGAAAGAACGGGAACAAAAAAACUCUGAAGACUUCUUCGAAGAAAUUGUUGAAGAAAUCGUAGAGCCUCAAAAUGGUGCAAAAGGUGGGCCACAAAAGCGUUUAGUUCGCAAGACGACAAAAAUGCGAACGCACAAUGUUACCGAGGAGCCCUGUAGAGAUGAAAGGGGGCAAAGUAGCGCGUUACCACUCGUUGACCGCGUAGAGGCGAUGAGGUCACGGUUCUCUGGAGGUAAUAGAAGCCCUUCCGACAAACCGUGUCGAAAUGGCGAAGACGAUAAUUCAGAACCUACGGCAACAACCUGGCGACAAAAUGCAAGAAAUAGAUAUUUGUCCGAUUGGCCUCGCGCCCCCGAUUAUGAUGAACAGGCAGACUCAACAGAGUUUGAGCCCGAGUCGCUGCCGCUAAGAGCGGGCCAACGUUAUUUUAAGCCAUCCUUCACAAGGCAACCAAUGCCACCCUGGUACCGAGCUGCGUUCGCUCCGGGGUAUUUGCCACGCGCAGCAACGACGACAAGGCCAUACCGGCUGUUCAGACCAAUACCAUGCUUUGAUUGCGCCACAGUGGCUUCGCAUUUUCGCACAUGCGCAGACCAGCGUCUCUGUUGUCAGAUGAAGACUUUCGGUUGCGUCCAAGCUCCCAGGAAUGCCACUUUAGCGACUGGCCAAUGUAUGUCUACGGUUCCAUCGCGGCCACUUCCUCUUGGAAGUGCGUCCGCUAAGCAGGCGAGCCGUCCGAGGCGCGUUGUCUACCGGUCUUGCCCCCCUCCUCCAGGUCUGCCAGUUAUCGAUAAUCCAUGCUGGUCUACUGGGGCGACCUGGACCGCAGGAACUGGUGACAAAGACGCACCUUGCGGUUGUUGCCAAGGCCAGAGCGUCGCAAUCGACGAUCUAGACCAGCGUCAGUUGAGCUUGGAGGAAGUUCUGCGCCACGAAGAUAGCAUUCGCUUUGACGCGCAACUCGAAGAUCGGAGAAGAUUGUUGGACGAAGAGAGGAUUCGGGAGGAAGAACGACUGGCGUUCAGGGAGUACCUGAUCCAGCGGGACGAGGUCCUGAACGACGACGCCGGGCGUUUGCCGAACACGCCGCUGCAGGAGUUCAAGGAGGCGCUGCAGCGGGAGCUGGCGAAGCGCAGAGACGCGAGGGCGAUGCUUGAGGCAGCUCGUUCACAAGCAGCCGGCAGUAUGGCGCCGCAGGUUGCCGCGCCGUCUUCUGGACAGGCUCGACUUGGUACCGAGGUGAAGGCGAAGGAAGCGAGCAUGCCGGGCGCCUUGAAGUUGGAUCCGGACAAACAGGGAUACUGCGCCAACCGACGUACAUCCCAUCCGAGUUUGCAGCUGGGCGCAUCACGUAGGGCCUCGUUCGCGCUGGAGCUGGAGACCAUAGUCGGGACAGCACCGUCUUCCCCUGCAAACGUGGACGCAACGAAGGCUCCGACGUCGAAAUGACGCACGCAUAAUACGCGCACCAACGUAAUCGACGUAGGCAACCUUGGAAUGCAGCCGACGUUGAACUCUGAUUUCGAAUUCUAUGUAGAUCAGGCCAAGUGACUUUGAAGCUUAAGUUAGGAAAUGAUGUUUUCAUGCUAAUCGCCCCGAGGAAGUAGUAAGUUAAACCAAUAAUUCUUGCAGGACCUAAUGCAAACAAAAUUGCACCAUUUGGCUUAUUCUUUAAAAAAGGUUGGAGAGGACUUUCUGCUGAAGUA